CCAGAGGAGACCCCUCAGCAUGGCAUGUUUUAUUCUUAUCCCCUAAAUCUAAUCCUUGGAUACCGGAUAUCUCGGGCAUGCCCGGUCUCGCGUUCGUCCUAGAUCUCGCGCUGACUCAAAAGCAGGGAUACUCUUUAUUCUGCCUCGUAGACAAACCGUCCAACGUGGUGGUGUAUAUGGGGGAGUAUGCUUUGCGUCACGUUGGCGAUCUAAGUCUGGAUGAAAGAGAUACCCUGCCAUCUAGCAUACAGGAGGAUUUGAUCAGUCGUCUAUUAAAAACCAACAAAUACCAAGAUCACCGUGAAGCCAGGAAAGCUCUUAGGACCGGUGAACAGGUGGUUCAUGUCCUAUCACUGGAAUGUUUUGGCUUCGAUGAAGAGCUACACGCUUCUCUCUUGAAUCCCGAAGCCUACGACAGCCCGCAUUCAGAUACUGAUGAUGGGUCUGAAUAUGAGCCCCAGUGAUUAGGUGUGGCUCAGGUCUCGACCAACCUCACAGUGUUGUUUUCUGGCCCUCUUCUUCACGUCCCUACUGACAGUACGAGUUCGGGGUGGAAAAAGUUUCAUAUCUUUAUCUACAAACCUGAAUUCGUCGAUUACUUACUAUUGUCAUUACAACUUGUUUGAUUAUACGUUGCAGGCAAGCCAUCAC